AUGGAGCGUACACAGCAACUUCAAUAUGAAGAAAGGAGGAAUGCCAUGAACAAGUCGCAUAUGCAAUCCUUAACAUUCUUUCAGCAAGAUUCUAAUAAAGAUUGCUAUUUAGAGGAUACCCUUGACCCGGACGAUGGCGAUUCUGACGCUCCUAGGGAAUGGGUAACAGAAGAAAGCAUAGUGGUCCAUACGGGGACGAAGCGAGCAAAAGUCACGAUUAAGCCAAGGGUCCCAUCUCUCCCACCAUCGGUCAUUCGUUUGGCCCAGAAUGUUCUCCACACCGCAGGACUUUUCAAAUGCAGUACUGUUGAUGAUGAAAAGCGGGCGCUUGCUGUUCAGGUACUCAUGAACAUCGCCGAGUACACGAGUGAAUGCAACAAGUACGAACUUGAUGAAUCCGACACUAUGGCAGCGGCCGAUAGCCUAACCAUAGAUGUUGCUAAGGAACCGAUGAUGCACAAAACUGGCGAAUUUCCUCGUUUAGCGGGUCUUCUCGAUUUCAAGCACCAAAAUGGCGAAAACGAAAAGACUACCAAGAAGAAACGAAAACUUCGGGGGAUGGUUGAUUAUAUCCGAGAAGCAAACCGGAAGUCAUGA